UCCUCCGCCUCCCCUCGGCUCUCCUGCAGCCAGGCCUUGCCCUUGAAGAGCUGCUGCAGCCCGACACCUCCCCGCACACGUGUGCCAGGAAAAUCCACAAACGCCAGAGGUUUAUAUUCAAAAAGGAGACAGAGGAGUCCUGCAGCUUUAUUCGAAUAAAGGUGAUACUGGCCAAGGAGCAAGAGCAUGGAUAAAACAAAUUUUGAAUCAAGACAUGGCAUUCCAACAUAUAAAAGUAAUUUAUCCAACAGCUCCUGCCAGAAAAUAAAAGCAAGGCCUAGAACUUCCAAACUUGAAUGGCAGACAUUAAAGCCAUAUACACCUUUGAAAGGAGCCUUUUCCAAUGUGUGGUUUGACAGGUACAAGAUCUGUAAUGACUGUCCUGAACACAUUGAAAGCAUUGAUUCCAUGUGCCAGGGCCUUACAGACCUGAUCAACGAUGAGGUUAAGAAUGGCAUUGCCAAGAACAGGAUACUCAUAGGAGGCUUUUCAAUGGGAGGUGGAAUGGCAAUGCAUUUGGCCUUUAGGUUUCAUCAGGAUCUGGCAGGAGUCUUUGCCUUGUCCAGUUUUCUGAAUAAAGACUCUGCUGUUUACCAGGCUUUGAAAAGAAAUGAAAGUGCUCUUCCAGAAUUAUUUCAGUGCCAUGGAACUGCCGAUGAACUAGUUCUCUACUCAUGGGGUGAAGAGACCAACAAGAUGUUAAAGUCUCUGGGAGUAUCAACAUCACUUCAUACUUUUCCAAACCUCAAUCAUGAGCUGAACAGAACUGAAAUAGAAAAAUUAAAAUCCUGGAUUGUAAAGAAAUUGCCUGUUGAAGCACCAAAGGCAAAUGAAUAAACAAAGAUCCAGCCUCACA